AUGUGGGCUUUCUCUAGGGAAAAAUCCUCUAAAUUGUUGCCGAAGGGCUAUCCUUGGCCACGGGCACAUCUGUUGUCGUAUGAAAAGGUUCAGGGGGCCGACGAGGUGGACUCGAACGAUGGCUCGCCUGUCGAGAAUGGGAAAACAGUGUCAGCUGUGUCCCGAUGGGAGCGCCUUUUCUGGGCUUUGUUGACUGCAGUCCUUCUGAUCAUUAUCAUUGUAAACCACAUAAUCGCGAUUCAGAUCCAACGGAGGACAUACAAAAGUUCAAAUUAUGAAACAGGAUUCGUGACCGAUCUGAGUCUACCAACCGAAUCGAUCACGCUCAAAAAAGUUGUCUUCACAGGUGGCGUUGAUAGGCAUUCCGAUGGCGAACUUUUCCUCAACACCAGCGGUUCCAGAAAGCAAUACGUUGGGGAGCCCUCCAAGGAAAUUGAGGAAAAUUGGGAAGAGCUUGAAGCAGCAAUCGAACUCGUGCUUACCAGGGACGAGACUCGAACGAAGGGUGGUGAUUACGUGGAAACCAUGCACGACCCUGGCUCAGAGACAAUGUACCGCGUGAGCAUCGAUGUCAUACACUCUCUUCACUGCGUGAACCAGUCCGAAGUCCGGCCCCCCAACCGGACCGCCCGCCAACUCCUGGAGUAUCCUUUCAAUCGUUCUUCGUACGAAAAAGCCCCUCUCAGCGACCUGGACCUUUCCAGCGACGACGGCACACUCACUCCUUCACAUCACCAAACCACAAAGCAGUCAAAAAUAUCUCAUGUCAGAAAUGUACUUGGGGCCACAUGUCUUUUAGUCUUCUUUGUCAGCUGGGCUAGCUCCAUCAUCCUCGCCUUCAGAGCUACAGGCGAGCUCGCACGGGCAGGACACAUUCUUUUCCCCAAUUCGAGGCCAUCUUAUGUCUCCGGAGCCCACCUCGAUGCACCACACUUCGGUCUGCUCUACAACAGCUCCUACUGCAAUGGCCUUAAGGAUCCCAGCGGUGCGCGAGAGCGCGGAUGUGUACUAGACCCCGUCGCCGGAGGCUGGAUCCAUAAAGAAUGCAGCGAUCCGGACCUAUUGGCAGAGUUUCUUAAGCUGCCUGACUUCGGGUGGUACCUGGACGAGAACCGAACUCAGCCCAUAUCGCAGGCUGAUGUGUUUGCCGGCCGAACAGGUGGACGCAAAGUCUUGUAUACGGUUGAUGAUUACCACUUUCGUCACUGCGAGUUCUCGUUGAGGUCGCUGAUCAGGAAUAGUGUGAGAAGGGAUGUUGGUCUGGGGUUUCUACUACUGGAUCAUGAGCACAUGAAUCACUGCAUGGAGAGAGUGACAUAUUUCAAUAGUCCUGAAAUACGGCAACACCCAGACGAGACGGUGGUGUUGACAGGCUCUGCUGAGUGCUACAAGGCGUUAUAG